CAGAAUUCCAGCUUUGCCGGUGGACACGCUUAUAUUCUUCUCACUUUCAUAUAGAGUAAUGCACGAGAUAAUCACGCUGCAGUUUGGCGAAAGCGCCAACUACGUUGGCACGCACUACUGGAACAUGCAGCAGCAAAAACUCGAUGACCCAGGCCUAUCGACUGACGUGCUGUUCCGCGAGACCACCGCCCCCCGUGGACCCGCCCAACGUACUCCGCGCCUGCUGGCGUUUGACACGGCCAGUAAUUUUGGCUUGCUUGCUAUUGGUGAUGAGGACGGCAAUGAGGAUGAAACCCGACAGAUCGCUAUGCAGUGGGAGGGUCAGACCGAAACACAUCGUGCCCAGCAGCCCAACACGUCGGAGUUCCAGCGCGACCACUCGGUCGAAAUUGAACCCCGUGAUAUCCGAUUCUGGUCGGACUUUGGCGAGGUGCGGUAUAGCUCACACAGCCUGCACCCAGUGUCGGGCAUCGCCCAUGGCAACAGUCUGGGCGAGAUGAACACAUUCCAUGAAGGGCUGGAUGUGAUUGAUGGUGAGGAUCGCGCAGACGACGUCAUGGAUGGCGACUUUAGACGGGUUGCCGAAGACUGUGACUGCCUGCAGGGAUUCCAGGUGAUGGCGGACAUGUAUGGCGGGUUUGCCGGGUAUGGAUGCGGGUACUUGGCACGGAUCCGCGAUGAGUAUCCAAAGAAGAGCGUGCUGUUGUAUAGCAUCGGGAACACCACAGUCGAGGACAUGGACAGGGGCAGGGGCAUGGAUGCAGCGGUGUCGCUGGCAGCCAAUCUGGAGAACGUGUCAAUGUACGUGCCAGUGUCGGUACCAUCGGGUCUGGCCAAGCUUUUUCCAGGUGUGCAGAUUCAGGGAGACAGCUUUUAUCAUUCGAGUGCACUGAUGGCAAUGGGACUGGACGUGUGGGGGACCGGACUACUUGCGGGACGCCGAGUUCUUGAUGAAAUUGUGAGUCAAGUGACGCAGCAAGAGCACUUCAAGCUAGCGGAUCUGAUGCUGGCGCCGGGUCUUUGCACCGAAAGCACGGACCUGGGGCAGAUCCUCAACAAGGACUUUGUUGCCUUUUCUGGCUCAGAGAUUCGCGAUUCAAAGCAGCUAUCGGGGCAUCUGGUUAUUGGCAAUGGCAUUGACAUUGACAUGGCUGGACCAUCGUUUGUGCCGGUAGACAGCCCGGUGCGGCUGAGCCGGUCGUUCCCCAAGAUUUUCCGCGGUAUCGACGUGCAUGGGCGUAGAAUGGCGGUGAGCACAUUGGGCGAGCUGACAAGUAAGGCUGAACAAUUGCGCAGCACACAUUUAGAAUGGACCUGGUUGUUGUGGGGGGGAAGGAGCAAUUAUUUGCAGACAAGGUCCGGGUAAUACUCAUAAUCCAUUUGUCAAUAGGACCAAGGAUCGUCUGUGCGGCCAGCGCGCUGUGCACAUCGAGCGAGUCGGCCGGGUACUUGCAGAUGCUCCACGGGCUGGUAGGCACGGGUGCGUCUAGG